UCAACGAUUAUCGUCUUGAUUAUUACUUAUUGGAGACAGUAAAAUUGUACCAACUGGUUGGAGCUCAACCAAGUUCAAUAUCUGUGCCUUAGCAAGCUUAUUAAACAAUACAUUUGAUGUAAACCAUUCCUCCAAGAUUUAAUAUUUCCGUCGACUGUCAUAAUAUAACUCAUUACUUGACUCCUUAUAAAAAGUAUUUUCAGUUUUUGUAAUCUAAAUAUAUAUAUUAUAGGAGUUAUGCCGUACAAGAGGUCGCUGAUUUGAAACUAGUUCACUACAAUAUGGAAUCGCUAAAUCACAGGAAAGGGAGAAUAGUAUUAAACAUCCGUUCCUUCCCUGCAUAGAAAGAGGCUAACAGUGGGAAAUCUUCAUGCGUUGGGCGACUCAGAAAGAAGGUCCCGGUCUAACAGAAAUCUCACACAUAAGGCUUAAAAGUAUUAAAUCAUAAAUUCAACAUGUACACAUUCAUAAUCAAAGCUUUUGCCGACUUAUGGCCCAAAGCAGGACGUUGGCCUCUUUCAAAUUGCUUUACGACGCUUGAUCCCUCGAAGGGUUUAUUGCUUGCUUUAAAAAUAAGUCUCAUGCCCACACGGCACCUAAUACAAACCCACGCCGAAACUCGUUUUGUGUUGUGGGUUUACGAACUUUACAUGCACUAACAUGACAUUGCACAGAUAUAUCGAAGCAAUUUAAAGGCCCACCCAAAUAUCGCUAAGUAUAAAAUCAUGGUGAACAUUCCUAAAAAAUCAGAUCCAAUACAGUUUAUGUCCCUGAAAUUAUCAUGUUAUCGCACGUAUCCUUAUGCAUCACUCAUUUCGAGCACAAUAACGAGCAAAAAUAUUUAUCCUGAACAUAAAUUGAUAUUUUACUGCCCAGAUAUCGCAAAACUAUCACUCCUAUCGGGCCCGAACGGACUAUAAAUUUUAUAACAACAAAAUCGAAACGAGUUGCCGGCUGCAUCAUCAAAGAACCUGUGAUUUAUAUCACCAAAACGUUUAAAAAGCGCUAUUAUGUGAUGCCAAUGAUGUAACAUGUAAGAAAAAUUGUGGCUUGAAUUACGUUGAAUUUCAUUCUCUAGAUAGGGAAGAACAAAAACGAUUUCACGCAAAGAAAACCUGAGUACAAACAAGUUUGUUGAAUAAUCUGCGGCAUAAAGGGCCAGUUUAAAAAUAUGAGGUCACGAGGAAUUCGGCAAAGAAAUUAUUCUUGUAAAGUGGUGAGUUGUGGCAUAAGGAAACUAUUACGUACUGACUAUAACCUUACGACAGUCAGUGUAUAUGUAAGUCGCAUCUCAAAAAGAAGCUCAUACAGUUAACGAGAUGAUUAAAAUGUCCCUUACCUGUUCAUGCUAAAUGUUCUCAUAAUUGGCCGAUUGUAGCACAUUUAUAUCUAGCACUCGAUCUUAUAUUUUAUUGAACGGUGACAAUUACUGCAGAGCUUCGAUUCCGGCAAUGUUUACACAUUCUCCGCUUCCUGUUUAGAUCGGAGAAGAUAUUUGUUCAAUUCUCUCUUGUAUAGCCCUCUUUCACGGAAGUAGGUUUCCCUCCAAACGAGGAAAAUAUUAGGUUAAUACUAGAUUGCUUACACCGGUCAGGUACCUACUUUAUGAGUAGGUUUGGCAUGUAGAGUGUUUUGCAUCCGCGUGCCCAAUGGAUUCGCAAAAUGUUUGAACUUUGAAUACCAACAGAGGACCUCAAUUAAAACCCAUAAAGUUUACCUACUUGUAAGUAUUUUAAGGAGGAUACAUUGCAUGCUUUAGGUGUCUUUUGUCGUCCAAAACAUGGCUUGGUAGUGUUGAGUAUAAAUUUACAUGGUGGCGCCCACAUCUCAGGAAGAAAACAAUACAUUACAUGGUCCAUCAAAAGAUUUGGGGAUACCUACUGAUGGCAAGACAAUAAGACGCCAAUAUACCGUGAAGGUGACUUGAAAUUGCAUACGUAUACAUGAAUGGAUAGUUUUCUUAAGACAAGUCGUUCUUCGAUCGAGUCAACUAAAGUAGACUAUUAACGCUAAUAAACGAACUGAAAUAAAGACGACUUGGGUUAGUUGGGGUGGCAAAAUUACUUUGUAAUUGAAAUGAUGAACUUAGCUACAAAUUUAGUUUAUUUACAGAUGUUACAACUUGUUUAUAAACGGAAAUUGUGUUUUUCCAUUUCUCUGAAUGUUUACUUGACUAAAUCUGAUAAACUUAAUUGAAUUCAAAACUCCGAUACCGCAAAAUUUACGAAAGCAUAACAGGCAACAAACUUAAAAAUCGAAACUAACUAAUAACAAUCAAACGCAUACUUACUUCACUUAAUAGCAGUUGAUUACAAAGACAAUUUUUUGCUAAUUACAAAGCAAUACAUUAGCGUCGAGACAUCAAGUCACUAUCAAAACUUCCGAAACAAAUCAAUCGGUGUUCUGUGCGAAAUAAAUUCGUAUUUUACAGAAUUGGUUAGUUUCGCACACAAUUGCCAAACGUUUCAUUUCUUCGGCCCCCCGUGCCUGGCCGGCGCUGCAUGUUAUAAAGUGCGGAGAAAGCACAGCGGUCGAACAGUCGCGCGCGUCCCGUCCGCCAUUGUUGCGUUUAGUCCGUUUCGCGCCCUUUUCUGACGUGCAGUCAUUUUAGUGUUGCAAAGUUUAACGGAUAAUUUUAUUUGUGUAUUACAAUGGAAAUGAGGUGGAGGUAUUUGUUGACGUUGCUCCUGCUCGCCGUGGCGUUCGCAGAGGAAGAUGACAGCAUCCCCGAUGCCGGCGUUGAUGACGACAGUGAUGAAGUGUCGCUAAACCAGGAGGAGUCCCGCAACCUUCGGCCGCGAGCAUACACCCCCACAGCAUAUAACGCACUACCCAGCGGCUUCAGACCUACUGCAUCCCUGGCUGAGCUAGCCGGCUACCAGCGCCAGGAACAGCAGGAGCAGCAGUACGUGCUCCAGCCUAGGCCGACGCAGCAGCAACAAUAUGAUGAACCGAGACCGACACAGAGGGCACCUCAUAGAAAGGACCAGCGCCCCGCAAGACUGCAGCAACAACCAGUCCAAGAAGUGGAAGAAGAGCUUGAAGAUGAGAAAGAGGAACCAGACCGUCUGUCCCAGCUCCUGCAGCAAUCCAAGUUCAACUGCGUGAGCAAGCCCAGCGGGUACUACGCCGACGAGGACCUUAAUUGCGAAGUCUUCCACUACUGCCAGGACAAUGUCAAGCACUCCUGGAUCUGCCCUGAAGGAUUCACUUUCCACCAGGUACAUCUGAUUUGCAUGCCUCCUACGCACGACAGCAUCUGCCAGAAGUCAUCUAAGUACCACUUCGUCAAUGAGUACCUGUACCGACCCAUCAACGAGGAGGAAGUCCAGAGGAAGCCCAACGUGUCCCUCAAGUACUCCGACAGGUACUACCCCUCGGAGGUCUACAGGGAUGACAGAUACGACCAGGAAGAUGAGGAGGAGGAGGAGGCACCUCGCCGCCAGCCAGCGCCCGCGCAGCUGCAGGCCCGGCCCGUGCAGAGGCCGCAGGGCGCGCCGCAGGUGUUCCGCUCCGCCGAGGAGGUCAACAUCCCUCUGGUGCAAAGGCGCCCACAACGCCCCUACGACUUCGACUUCUAAGCCGCCUCUCCCUUUAGAAGCCAUUGAUCGUCGGUUAUAAGCUCUAUCGUUAAUUUAAUAAGCCAUUUCUACUCAGUGGGUCUUUUCAAAACCAAGUAUUUUAGGUUUUCUAAAAACUUUAACAUCUUUAACACCUCAUUGUGUUACUCUGCAAGAAUCGAUCUAAAUUAUAUUUGUAUACAAUUAUUUGAGAUUGAUUGUCGUCAAUAAAAGCCACUGAUACGUUAUGUAACCAACAAUUGUUGGAAUACGCGGAUUGACGCCUAUUUAAAAUGACUUAUCAUCACAUUAUGAAGUUAAGGUUAAGUUUUAAUUAAACUUAUUUAUGUUUCUGUACAAUAAGUCACAAAUUAGUUGUAAGCUAGUCUUUGCGUAAACUAAAUAAGUGAAAUAAAAAAGUUAAAAUUGUA